AUGGCUUCUCCUAUGAUAAUCGAUCAACCUCGUUUUAUUACUGUCCUAAGUAUCGAUGGAGGGGGUGUGAGAGGCAUCAUUCCUGGAAAGUUCCUAGAGUGUCUUGAAUCCCACCUCCAGAAAAUUGAUGGACCGGAGGCGAGGAUAGCACAUUACUUCGAUGUCAUUGCAGGGACGAGCACUGGUGGUCUUAUUACGGCAAUGCUUACUGCUCCAAAGAAGGACAACCCUCAGGAGCCACUUAAGGCUGCGAAAGAGAUUGUUCCUUUUUAUUUUGAGCACUGCUCUAAAAUAUUCCCAUCUAAAUGGUGGCCUCGUAAAAUUUAUGAUAUCCUAAUGGGGCCAAGAUACGAUGGAAAGUAUUUGAGGACCUUAGUUCAGGGGUUAGUUGGAGAAACAAAACUGGACAAAUUUGCUAAAAGAGAAGUUUGGAAGAAUCCUCCGUUAUCUGAUGUUUGCCUUGCUACUUCAGCUGCUCCAACCUAUUUGCCUCCUCAUGGAUUUGUAACUCACGACUCUGAGGGGAAGAAGCAUGAAUUUAACCUUGUCGAUGGUGGUGUUGCAGCAAAUAAUCCGACUCUAGCUACAAUGAACAUCAUCGCAAAGGAGACUUUGCUGACAAAUGAACCCUCCAUUAAAGUUCCUGAUCCAAAAAACACAAGCUACCUCGUCAUCUCUCUAGGAACAGGCAUACGUGUGGAGGGUGAUAGGUCAAAAUUCACUGCAGAAGCUGCUGCCAAGUGGGGUGUUAUUGGGUGGAUGGUGCAGAACAAUCAACCAUUGAUAGAAGUUUUUCAAGAAUCAAGCGCAGACUUGGUAGACCUGCACAUGACAACGCUAUUCAAUGCUAUCAAAGCUCAGAACAGGUUUCUUCGCAUACAGGGAAAUAUUCCAGCGGAUGCAGCUGAAUUGGAUAACGCAAAGGAGGAAAACUUAAAAGCCCUGGAAAAAGUUGCUACGGAACUAUUAGAAGAGGAGGUGUCACACAAGCAUGAGGAUUCGGUGAUAACGUUUCUAUCUGCGAUCAGUGUCAAUAUUAAGAAAAAAACUAAUAAGGACGUUCUGUAUGAGUUUGCAUUAUUGUUGUCUAAGGAGAAAAAACUCAGACAAGCUUCCAAGGCAAAAAAGUGAUGGCGUAGUUCAAGUAUAAUUAUACGAUCAUCAAUAAUGGUUAUGAUCAUGAUGAU